GUAUUAUUAUAUCAUUCAUUAAUAAUGAAGUCCAUCGUGCUCUGUCUGAUGGUGGUGGCGAUGGUGGCUGCGGCCCCACAGCGCGAAGGUGCUGCCUACAGCAAGGAAGCUAUCAAGCAGGCUCAGAGCACCCACCUUAUCCCCAAAGAUGCUGUCAUCCAGAAGGUACAAGAAGGCGUAGAACUUGCAGCUUAUGAAUCUAUUCCCGGCAACCAAAGAAUUAACUUGUUCGAGAUCCUCGGCGACCAGCUGCCCACUGAGGUCAUCAACAACCUCCAGUCUCAGAUCGACCACGUCGGCCACCAAUAGACCAUACAGCCGUAGAAGAAGCUUUUAGCUCUUCGAAACCAGUAACCAGGAAACAAGAUAUGAAAUAAUUAACGCGGGACAUCUGACGAAAGAAACAACACUCGUCACGCAACACUUUGCGGCUAUCCCGGUGCAAGUAAACAAAGUAGACCAGCUGACCGGGUGGAAGGUAGCGUGUUGUCAUGUAGUCCGUAGCCUUUCCCAAUAAAUGGACUAUCUGUCACAUAAAUCGGACUAGAAGUUUCUGAGAUUAAUGCGUCCAAACAAAGUAUUUAACUUUUUUAAUAUUAGUAUUUAUAUAAGAUAAUGUCCUGCCUGUUACUGGUUCCGAACUGUGCGGGGUGAAGCCCUAUUGUUAUAUAAUAUUUAAUUUAUUGGUGUCGCAAGUACAAGCAGAGUGUGAUAUUGUAACAUCUUUAUAUGUUUGUAGAUAAAUUUCAAUUAAAAUAAAUGGUCAUUGUGUCCAA